GAUCGGCACAGCAUUGACAACCUGCUCAUUUCGACACUCCAGAUCCACAACGGCACGUACAACAUACAGCAUUGUCCUGUAUUAUUCAACAGCGUGUUUGUGAUUUGAUCGCACUGAUGGCGCAAACGACUUCUUUCGCCCUCAUAACCGGCUGUAGCAGUGGCAUUGGAAAAGCGCUCGCAGUAGCGUUCGCAGAACAAGGAGUUACCGUCCUUGCAACCGCCCGCCGUGUCGAAUAUCUUAAGGAGCUAACACGCGAGCACGAGAAUAUCGAAGCUUUCGAACUGGAGCUCAGCAGUUCAGAGAGUAUUGCCAAGCUGAAGGAUGCGGUAUCCGAGCGCACUGGUGGCCGGUUAGAUUUCUUGGUCAACAAUGCAGGAACGCAUUACGCAUCCACCGCAAUGGACCUUGAGAUUGAAGAGGUCGAGAAACUGUUUCAAGUCAACGUCUUUGCUGUCAUGCAGCUUUGCCAGAUCUUCAUCCCACUCCUCCGCAGCUCCCCUCGCGGACGUAUUGUGCAGCUUGGAAGCGUGACAAGGAACGUACCUAUGGUCUGGCAGGCGCCUUAUAAUGCCUCCAAGGCGGCCCUCAGUCAGUAUUCCAACACGCUCCGCUUGGAGGUCAAGCCGUUUGGAAUAGAGGUCAUUGAGCUUGUCACCGGCUUCGUGCAGAGUAAUAUUCUACACCAUGGAAUGUAUGCUCCGGAGACAUCCCUCUAUCUUCCACUCAAGAAGACCAUCGAGGAUAUCAAGUACGAAGGCAACGCAAGUGGCAUGCCGGCAGAUGCUUAUGCGAGAUCUGUGGUUGCGAAGCUGGUGAAGCCACGGGUCAGUGCCGAAAUAUGGGAAGGCGCUCUUGCGCGCACUCUUCGACUACUUGUUACAAUUUUACCACUGCGGCUAUUCAAUUGGUUCUUUUACCGAAGAUUCAAGCUUGGCCUUCUAGAAGGUCGCGAGGGCGAUAAAAACAAGGCCAAAACCUUUUAGCUGGUGAAGGCAAAAACCUUGGCCUAAAUUCAGUUUAUGUCUGAUACGGUCUUUACUUAGACCCGGGAUAGGUCGUGUUAAUGGUAUUGACUUCUAUCUCUGAAGACUUUUGUCGAAUCGUCCACUUGCGCCUUUACUCGCAGAUGAGGAUGUGUCUCCCAGCUGUGCAUGAUGCUUUCCAAGUGACUUGAUCGGAACCAGGUCUGGAAUAUUUGGUUCUACAUGGCUCGCAAGAGAUGUUCUUGGCAAGAUGGGUUGAUUAAUUAACCGAAGGAAACUCCAUUCACUGUCACACGAACAAUGCCUUUCUCGGCCUGAUGAUAAGCUGCGUGUACGAACAUAAUACAGUAAAUGCUCUCAUCAUAUGUCUUACCCUACGUUCGUAUUGUGUCAAUUCGUUACAAUCUUCUCGUAACCCAUGUCUUUGAGGUUGCUGGUCCGCAUCUAUUGAGGUAUCUGGUGAAAGUAUAAACGAGGAGGUGAAAACAUUUGGCUUUUCAAAAUCGAUUCAUUCAACCGGCUCUACUAUAGCUGCAAACAAUUGAAAGAACCAUGCUUGGGUUCUAAGGUGGUCCAUUAUAUAGUUCAUACGAGAGUGUCAUGCGCUGAUUAGCCCUGCCUUUAG